AUGAGACCUCUUGGAAAUGAAAUGCGCUGGGCCACAGCUUCUAUCAUCCUGUCACAACGUAGGACAAAGUCGACAGCACCAUUCAGGCUACCCGACCCGAGAAACGAGCCCAGCCCAAGCUACAAGAAAAACUCCGUAGAGCGCAAAAAGUUGGAGGAUGCCCUGAGCAAGCUGCGCGGUCAACUUCCUGUCUCAAGUACCCUGUUUUAUAACGGGCGAGCUCAAGCGGCAGCAGAAUCGCUCAACACCGUCCUCCCAUCCGAGCACGCCACCACGUUUUCGAACUUUCCCCUGGCAUCGAAAGAACAGGUCACAUCAGCUAUCGAGUCGGCAUUAGAGGCAAAGAAGAGCUGGGAAAACACCCCUUUUGUCGACCGAGCAGCCGUAUUCCUCAAGGCCGCGGAGCUUGUAGUGACAAAGCACAGAUAUGAGCUUAUCGCUGCAACUAUGUUGGGCCAGGGCAAAAACAUGUGGCAGGGAGAAAUCGACGCGGCCGCCGAGUUGGCCGACUUCUUCAGGCUUAACUGCAACUUCGCGGCCGAAAUUCUCGAAAAGCAGCCUACCCGUGGCUCCGACGGCAUGUGGAGUCGCGUGGAGUGGCGUCCGCUAGAAGGUUUCGUUUACGCUAUAUCACCUUUUAACUUCACCGCGAUCGGCGGCAACCUCAUCUCCGGCCCAGCGCUGAUGGGAAAUGUCGUUAUCUGGAAACCUUCGCCGAACAACAUCUACGCCAGUCAACUGCUCUAUAAAAUCCUUCUCGAAGCUGGUCUUCCCCCAAACGUCAUUCAGUUUGUCCCUGGAGACGCUGAAGAAGUGACCCAGGUCGUCCUCAACCACCGCGAUUUCGCUGGUCUGAACUUUGUCGGGUCAUCUGACGUCUUCCGCUCUCUCUACUCUAAGAUUGGCGAGGGGAUUGGAAAAAAAACAUAUCGCGAGUUCCCCCGGGUUGUCGGCGAAACCAGCGGGAAGAACUUUCAUCUCGUUCACCAGACUGCCGACAUUGAGCAUGCCGUCAACCACACCAUUCGCGGGGCUUUCGAGUACCAAGGCCAGAAGUGCUCUGCUACCUCUCGUGUCUACCUCCCUGAAUCUCGGGCUAAAGAAUUCAUUUCUAGUCUUACUUCUAAAGUCAAUGAAAUCACCAUCGGAAGCCCCGAUGGCAAAUUGGAUGCUUUCAUGGGCCCCGUCAUUCAUGAGCGCUCCUUCAAUAAGAUUAAGAAUAUUAUCGACGAGAGCAACAGAGACUCUUCAUUGGAGUUGCUGGUUGGUGGCACAUGCGAUGGCUCCGAUGGAUAUUAUGUCAAUCCCACAGUCUACCUGGCCGAUUCCCCAGACCACCGUCUCUUCAACAAGGAGAUCUUCGGCCCGGUUCUGGCCAUCUCAAUCUACCCCGACUCCGAAUGGUCUUCGACUCUAAAAAAGGUCGACCAGAGCGGAGGCGGCUUUGCCCUAACCGGUGCUGUCUUCGCCAAUGAUCGAAUUGCCAUUCGGGAGGCGGAGGAUGCUCUGCGCUACUCGGCAGGCAACUUCUACAUCAACUGCAAGACCACCGCUGCCUUGAUUGGACAACAAUCCUUCGGUGGCGCCCGCGCCAGUGGCACGAAUGACAAGGCAGGAAGCGCCGAUGCCAUGCGUCGCUUUGUCAGUCCGAGACUCAUCAAGGAAGAGUUUUUCCUUCAGACUGAGUUCUUGUACCCAAGCAACAAAUGA